AAUUCCUUCUCUGUUAUCGAAUCAUACGCAAACAAAACAUCACCGGUUCGUCUGUCAAUCACAUGACAGAAGUUUUGAUUUCUUCACUUAUCUAACUUAAUAAAAUUAUUUGUCACUUAACUUAUAACUCUCUUUUAAUGAUUUUCGCGAAUGACUUCGGUUUUAAAGCAAUACAUUUUAUACUAUUAAAAAUUAUAGAAAGGCUCGUGAGUAAUGGGUUCACUUUGUAGCUCUUGUUGUGGUAACAGGGACGAUGAUAUAUAUGAGACUGAACAAAAUGAUAAAACAAAUCUGCUAGGUAGUCCUGUUGGAGAGCCUUCUUACAGCUCAAAUGUUACUCAAAAGCAUCCUCCUGGAAGCCUUGGAGAUCAGCAAGAAAAAUUGAAUAGGAUAUUGCAAAAGACUGCCAAUAGUUACAUAGAUGUGCCUGCUUUAAAUUCUCCUGUUGACCAGCCAGUGGACAAAGCGAAGGACUAUGAAUCAAAAAUUCAAGCCGCUUUGAAAACCAAACAUUUCAAUGAAAAAUCAUCAUUAUUACAAGAUACUCCACACUUAGAGAGGACAUUGUCUGAAGAACCCAUUUCUGAUAAUGAGCGAAAUUUGCUGCAGGAAACCAACGCAUCUAUAUUAGAAGCACUUCAAUCUAUGCAAGUGGAAAAUUCUGAAAAUUUAGUAAUUCCUUUCAACAACUCUAAAAACAAUCAGUGAACACAAAUUCUAAUUAACUAUCAGUUGCUUGUCAGUAUUUUGAUAGCAUUUUUGGGUGCCAUAUCUUUUCUGUAAAUAUCUUUAGAUCUCUUUAUUUUAUAUACUAUGUAAACAGAUACUGAUUUUUUAUUUCUGUUGUAAAUGCAUGGGGUCAGGCCUACUCUUUUAAUCGACAUUCCGGGCAAGUUCCUGUUACCAUGACCUUUCUUUUUAUUCCUCCACAGUUUUGUACAUUUUUACUGAAGAUACAAUAUUGUUAAUGUUCUGAAUGAAGAUACUUUAUUGUUAAUUUGUGUAGUUUGUAUUUUUACAAGUAUUUGAAUAGCUAUAAAGUUAUUUUGGUUUCA